AUGCACCUGCUCGUAGAGACUUCAUUAAAAGGAGAAAUUGCCUUUGAUCCCAGAAGCGCCUAUUACUUGUGGUUUGUAAUGGAUUUUUGUGAUGGAGGAGAUAUGAAUGAGUAUCUGUUGUCCAGGAAACCCAAUCGUAAAACUAACACCAGCUUCAUGCUUCAGCUGAGCAGUGCCCUGGCUUUCUUGCAUAAAAACCAGAUCAUCCAUCGAGAUCUUAAACCUGAUAACAUCUUGAUUUCUCAAAGCAGGUUGGAUACCAGUGACUUGGAACCCACACUGAAAGUGGCUGAUUUUGGUCUAAGUAAAGUGUGUUCAGCCUCUGGGCAGAACCCAGAAGAACCUGUCAGUGUAAACAAGUGUUUCCUUUCCACAGCCUGUGGAACAGAUUUCUACAUGGCUCCUGAAGUAUGGGAGGGACAUUACACAGCCAAGGCUGACAUCUUUGCUCUGGGGAUUAUCAUCUGGGCAAUGCUGGAAAGAAUCACAUUCAUAGACACAGAGACAAAGAAGGAACUCUUGGGGAGUUAUGUGAAACAAGGAACUGAGAUUGUGCCUGUUGGGGAGGCACUUCUGGAAAAUCCCAAAAUGGAACUUCUUAUUCCUGUGAAGAAAAAGUCUAUGAAUGGGCGAAUGAAACAACUGAUUAAGGAAAUGCUGGCUGCAAACCCUCAGGAUCGUCCAGAUGCUUUUGAACUAGAACUCAGAUUAGUACAAAUUGCAUUUAAAGAUAGCAGCUGGGAAACGUGACACAUACAUUAUUUGCAAAUAUCUUGGAUGAUAUGCUGCUUCUGUUUUCACAGUAAUGCAACAUAAUGUGGCUGAAAAAGAAUAUAAAAAGCUGAACCUCACCUUCUAAGGGUUUAGAAUUUAUUGUGGGAUGUUUUUUUCCUCAUUUUUCUUAAGUCUGAGCUGGCCACUUUGUUCGUAUGUUUUAAAUGUAUUACCAAUGUGGGUGUAAAUUUUUUUUUUUUUUAAUGAUCAUUGGUAGAAGUUUGGCAGGAAAAUUCUCUUAAGAGCCAAGAAGAAAAGAUAAUCCAGUUUUCUGGAAAUAUGUCUCUAAGUAUUUUAGACAUUCCUUGUCAGUAUUAGCAAUUUCCAUGGAAGAAGAGGUUUGCGUGCUGGUAAUGCAACCUUUGAAGCUUUGUAAAGGAAGCAUAUAUGUAUAUAUUUAUGUAUAUGUAAGUAUGUGAAUGUGUGCAUUUUGCAUUCUAUAUGAAGAAAAUGCCACUUCUGUUUAAAUUAUUUGAUGUAGGUUUGGGUUUUUGAGAUUUGCUGGUGAAAUCAGUGAUGAAAAAUAAUAGAAUCUUCAUCUUCCUACCCCAUCCCUCCCUCUAAUGAAAUCAUACUAAGUUCUUUAUUUUUAUAAUUAUACAGUUUUUUUAAAGGCAUCAUUUUGGAGGGCCUAAAAUCCGAUUAAACAUAAAUGAAACUAAGUGAUCAAAGCUGCCGAAUAUGUUUGAGCUCUCCAGUGCCCUAUAGCUGCAGGAGUAGAACUAGCCAUGCAGUUGUGUGGUAGCAGGUUGGCAAGGAUAUUGAUUCAGUCAUACCUUCGUUAGGUAACCAAGCAUUCAAUUAAUCAAACCACUGCAUUGGGACAUGUUUGCACUUGAGCAUCUGCAAUCUGAACACAGGAUUCUUCUAUUUCUGAGAUCAUUGCUAUAUAUAUGUACUAUAGUACUUGAUAUAUUCUUUUUUUAUUUCAAGAAUUUGUCUAAGCCUCAGCAUAAAAUUGAAGAAACCAAAUGAGCUCUAUCCUCACAUUACCUACCUUGAAUCGUCUCUUGUUUCAUCACUGGAAUUCCUUUCAUUUUGUACUAAUGCUGUUUUCUCUUCUAAUUUGACACAGUAAUGGUAGUAAUAUAGUUGUAUUAAAUGUUGAUCACCUUUUCUAACGGAGAUGAUACCUAUAUAGUUUGGCAAAUGGAUAAUAUAUUGUGACAUCAACUAUAUCUUUCAAGUAGAAAAGUUAUAGAUUUUAUACAAUCAUUGGUAUGGUCUAUGUCAAAAACCAGUAGACCAUUAUUCCUCUUGAAGUCAAUUUGAUUUUAACUCUACAUGGUUGUCUCCAGUUUUUCUGUAAAAGCAGAUAGUUAAUAUCUAAGGAAAGAAAAUUUUCCUGAAACAGAACAUUAGCCUUCAAGGUUAGAGACCUUAAGACCGUAUCUAGGUUGAUGUUUAUAAAGCACUAGAACCUUUGGUCAAAAGUAUUUUUAAAAGUUGGAAUAUUGAAAUAAUUGAUAGUUUGCAUAAUCUCUUCAGAUGUUCCUUUCGAAGUUAUUCAACUUUUGGAAUAUUGCUAUCAAUUUUUUUUCUUAUUUAAAAUUUGUUCAGGGGACUAUAAAAGGUAAAAAAGCACAAAGAAAUUAGAGUGUAUAAACUUUCUGAACUGUGUGUGUUACUUGAUCCAGAAGUUUAAAACUUGGACUAAAAGGUUUUAUUGAAAUAAAGUCUUUUAAAAUGAAGACAAAUAAUCAUUUUAACAUCAUUUUGAAGAUAAUAAGAGGUGGAACAAUACAUUGGCACCUCAUGAUAAUUGACCCUCGAGUCUAGAUCAUCAAAUUAGUAUAACAGAGAUCUGGCCAAGGGGAUUGAGUUACUGGAAGUAAAGAGCAGCAUUGUAAUGUCUGUCAAUAACAUGACAGAUUCAUGACAAUUCAGGUGAUGGUAAGCUCUUCAAAUAUCUGUGUGCUUGGAGCCAUCCUUUCCGAAGUACAAAGUUUUUGGUCCUUCAUUUAAAAAGUUAAUGAUUAUAAUUUAUUUUGAAAGAUUUCACCUGUGAGGUAAAAUUCUUUUCUUUCAUUGGUGGUAAGGGUGUGAGGUGGUCAGGAAGUUUCUGGAAUUUUCUCAAGUCUUUGUAUCCUAAAAUAGCCUUAGAUAACAAGCAAAAUGACAGUAAAUUCUUUGUCAUUAUUCUUUCAAUCAGGAGGUAUUUAUUAAGUACCUACUGUGUGCUCAGCACUAAAGAUCAGUUGAUAAAAUGACAAUUUUAAAAUGGUGUAUAGCCAUAGGUCUUUUCCAGCCUGGAGUAAGAAAUACAAGAGAUUAGCAAUACUUGAAAAUUCUUGGAUAUUUGCUAUAGGAAAAAUGAAAGAAAGAAUUUGUGCACAGUGCCUUGCCCAUAAUAGGUACUCAAUAAACAAUUAUUCUUCAUAGAGUCUCUUGCCAUGAUUUUAUAGUGUUUUAUGAAAUCUGUCUUAAUUGAAAAAAGACCAAAUAUUUAAAAUAAGCUUGUAGGCAGCUGUGACCAGUUAAAAUAUGGAGUUGUACAGUUAGUUCCUAGAAUGUUAUUUUGCACUAGUUGUCACUUAGAAAGAUGGGGUUCCUGUAGAUUUUUUGGUGCUAAGGGAUACUUUAUCAUUAUGAUGAAGUACGUGUUAAGUGUCAGAUAAAUAGCACACUGAAUAGUUUUUCUGCUGGUCUGUUUUUUCCUCUUUGUUGUUGUUUUUAACUGUAAAAUGUUUAUCAAAAUAUUGUAGCAGCUACAAAAUAAUUCACCAGCAUGACAAAAUGGUCAAAAAAUAAGUCAUCAGCACUUCAAAAAUGAAAGCAACUUUUGAAAUUUUCUUUUAAAAUUGUCAAAUAUAUUUUAUGAAGAAUUUAUAAAAGGGGGGGGAAAUGAUUGUAAUUUAUUGUUCAUGACUUUUUUUUUUUUAAUAAAGUGAGUUUCAACAAAAAUCAA